AUGGCUAGCGAGCAUAGCGCCAAGCGACGACGAAUCGACUACGACGACCAUCGCGACUCGGAGCAUUUCGCAGCACAGCCAGCCCGCCGCCAGCACCAUCGCAAUCGAAAUCAUCCCUCCAAAAAUGGCGACUCCGCAAGGCCUAAGCAACACGAGUUCGAUGGCCCGGAAGCGGGCGUCGACAGCGAAAACGCAGCCGCCCUAGAUCGCGACUGGUAUACAUACGGGGAAGAUGGAGCAGUGUUAGGUGACGACGCACAUAACCCUUUCGGCGGCGAGGAUACCACAUGGGCAGAUCGGGAAAGAGAACGAGAGCUUCUGGAGAGGAAGAUGGCUGUGCGCUCCAGGCAAAAUCCAAAGUUCAUUCAACGCCAGAAGGACAACGAUGCGUGGGAAGCGAAUCGCAUGCUCGCCUCGAGCGUUGCCCAGACUCGAGCCGACUAUGCCUUGGAUGACGAAAAUGAGGAUAUCCGGAUCCAUCUAUUGGUACACGAUAUCAAGCCGCCAUUUCUCGACGGCAAGACCGUAUUUACGAAGCAAUUAGAGCCUGUCAGUGCUGUCAAAGACCCGCAAAGCGACAUGGCCGUAUUUGCCAAGAAAGGAAGCAAAGUGGUCAGAGAAAGACGGCAACAGAAGGAGCGACAGAAGCAAGCACAGGAAGCUACGAGUCUGGCCAAUACCGCCCUCGGCAAUGUGAUGGGCGUCAAAGAGGAAGACACUGACUCUGCUGCCCCAGCUGGUGCUGAGGAAGCGGAAGCGACGUCCAAGGGCUCAAAAUUCGCUGAUCAUAUGAAGAAGCAGGAGAAGGAUUCUGGACAGUCGGAGUUCUCACGGUCCAAGUCGCUACGGGAGCAACGAGAGUACCUCCCGGCCUUUGCAGUUCGAGAAGAGCUAUUGAGGGUGAUCAGGGAUAAUCAGGUCAUCAUUGUGGUCGGUCAGACCGGAAGCGGCAAGACCACUCAGCUCACUCAGUUCCUGUAUGAAGAUGGCUAUGCGAAGAGCGGCAUGAUUGGCUGCACGCAACCAAGACGUGUGGCAGCCAUGUCCGUGGCCAAGCGUGUCGCGGAAGAGAUGGAGGUACCUCUGGGAGGCACCGUUGGCUAUGCUAUUCGAUUUGAGGAUUGCACGAGCAAAGACACCUCAAUCAAGUACAUGACGGAUGGUGUGCUUCUGCGAGAAUCGCUCAACGAACCCGACCUGGACCGCUACAGCUGCAUAAUUAUGGAUGAGGCGCAUGAAAGAGCCCUCAACACCGAUGUUCUCAUGGGCCUCAUCAAGAAAGUGCUCACUCGCCGGCGAGAUCUGAAGCUCAUCGUGACCUCGGCGACAAUGAACGCCGAACGAUUCUCUCGCUUUUAUGGCGGUGCGCCAGAAUUCUUCAUUCCAGGCCGCACCUUUCCAGUCGACAUACAAUAUUCGAGAUCACCAUGCGAAGACUACGUGGACAGUGCAGUGCGUCAAGUCCUGGCAAUUCAUGUCAGCCAGGGACAAGGCGAUAUCCUCGUUUUCAUGACCGGACAAGAAGACAUCGAGGUCACCUGUGAGCUGGUCGCGGAACGACUUGCGCAGCUCAAUGAUCCUCCGCCACUCAGCAUUCUGCCCAUCUACUCGCAAAUGCCGGCCGACCUUCAAGCAAAGAUCUUCGACCGGGCAGCCCCGGGCGUGCGCAAGGUCAUUGUCGCCACCAAUAUUGCGGAAACGUCGCUCACAGUCGAUGGAAUCAUGUAUGUGGUAGACUGCGGCUUCAGCAAACUCAAGGUCUACAACCCGCGCAUAGGCAUGGACACGCUCCAAAUCACACCUGUCAGCCAAGCGAACGCAUCGCAGCGCGCAGGUCGAGCGGGCCGUACCGGGCCUGGAAGGGCAUUCCAUCUCUACACCGAACGAGCUUUCAAAGAAGAAUUCUAUGUUGCUACGAUUCCUGAAAUCCAACGCACCAACCUGGCCAAUACUGUACUUCUACUCAAGUCGCUUGGUGUCAAAGACCUUCUGGACUUCGACUUCAUGGAUCCACCUCCACAAGACACUAUCACGACGUCUCUCUUCGAUCUGUGGGCUCUCGGGGCGCUCACAAAUCUAGGGGAGCUCACAGAACUCGGUCGACUGAUGACUUCCUUUCCUAUGGACCCGUCCCUUGCCAAGCUGGUGAUCACCUCGAGUACAACUUACUCCUGUGCUGAGGAGAUGAUUACGAUCGUUAGCAUGCUAUCGGUGCCCUCAGUCUUCUAUCGACCUAAAGAGCGACUCGAAGAAGCCGAUGCUGCGCGUGAGAAGUUCUUCGUUCACGACUCAGAUCACCUCACCCUGCUCACAGUAUAUCAGCAAUGGGUCGCUAAUGGCUGCCGUGAUCGAUGGUGUGUCCAACACUUUCUUCACCCCAAGGCACUCCGCCGAGCCCAGGAGAUUCGUCAGCAAAUCGCCGACAUCAUGACUUCCCACAAAAUGGAGAUAACCUCUUGUGGCUACGAUCUCGAUGUCGUGAGGGAAUGCAUCUGCUCUGGAUAUUAUCACCAAGCGGCAAAGAGAAAAGGUCUGGGUGAAUAUGUGAACCUGCGCACAAGUGUUACCAUGUCACUUCACCCGACCUCAGCUCUAUAUAACUCAGGUGAUCCACCAGACUAUGUAGUCUACCACGAGCUGAUUCUCACCUCGAAGGAAUAUAUGAGUGUCGCGACUGCGGUAGACGCUCAUUGGCUGGCGGACUUGGGCGGAGUUUUCUAUAGUGUGAAGGAGAAGGGUUAUUCCGCUAUUCAAGGGAAGAGAGAAAUUGAAUACUCGAAGAAAGCGGACUUGGAGCUGCAAAUCGAGAGGGAUAGGGCCGCACAGAAGCAGGCAGCUGAGGCGGAGCUGAAUGGUGGGCGAGGUGAGGUGAAGAAGGGUGGUGCCGCGAAACCUCACUCGGCGCCGGCUAAGAAGGGCAGUGCUGUUGUGAAGCCGACGAUAGGUAGGAGACGAUAG